AUGAGGGCAUUUCGCAGAUGCUCGAGGAUUUUGAUCCUCUGCUUGCUCUGUGUUUCUGUUUUUGUUCCUGUUUUUCUACUGUCGUACAGGCUCAAACAUAUUAAAUCCGAUGUAUCUGAAGACUUGGUUGAAGAUUUAUCGAUCAUAAAACACAGAACGGAUGCGCAAAUAUUAAACGCGAUACAGCAGGAAGGUGAAGGUUUAAAAGAACCUCCUCUGGUGGUGUACAAAGAAGAAACCCAUAAUUCUCCAGUUAAUCUUAGUUAUAGUGAGGAUACAACUUCUGGUGAAGUUAGGAAUGCUGCAAAUAAUGCGGACUUGUUGGAAAGUAGUGCAACUACACAUGAUACUAGUGAAAGUGGCCGGAAAAGACAUCAAGAAGAGUUGGCCGUAUCUGGGUCAAGGGAAAAGUCUCACAAAUACAAGACACAGCUUAAUGGGGUUGUACGGAGUAGGUCGGGAGCUUUGGAAGAAAAGUUGAAAGAGAUGAAAGACCAAGUGAUUAGGGCCAAAGCUUACUUAAAUUUCAGACCAUCAAAUAGCAGUUCUCAUAUUGUGAAAGGGUUAAAACUACGAGUGAAAGAGGUUGAACGAGCCAUGAGUCAAUCCUCCAAAAAUUCUCGUUUACCUAGGAGUUCUGUACAGAAGAUGAAAGCAAUGGAAGCUACCCUGUUAAAAGCAAGUCGUAUUUACCCUGAUUGUACUGCAAUGAUUAAGAAGCUUCGAGCCAUGACUCAUAAUGCGGAGGAGCAGGUUAGGUCACAGAGGAAUCAAGAAACUUUUCUUAGAAGGCUGGGUGGGAGAACCAUCUCGAAAGGCCUGCACUGCCUCUCUAUGAGAUUGACUGCAGAGUAUUUUUCCCUGGACUCUAAGGCAAGGGAGUUUCGUCACAAAAAUAAACUAAAAAAUCCUUAUCUCUAUCAUUUCGCCGUUUUCUCUGACAACAUAUUGGCGUGUUCAGUUGUUGUGAACUCAACUGUCUCAAAUGCCAGGGAGCCAGAAAGGUUGGUAUUUCAUGUGGUAACUGACUCCCUUAACCUUCCAGCAAUGUCGAUGUGGUUCUUACUAAACCCUCCUAGCAAAGCUACUGUUCAUGUGGAAAGCACGGACAGUUUUCACUGGCUAACCACAAAAUACAACAUGACUCUACUACAGAGGGAAGGUUCUAUUGAUCCUCGAUAUACUUCUGGGUUGAACCACCUCCGGUUUUAUUUGCCGGAUGUUUUCCCAAAUCUGAAUAAAAUUGUUCUUCUUGAUCAUGAUGUGGUGGUUAGAAAGGAUUUAACGAGGCUGUGGAGCAUUAGCAUGAGGGGCAGAGUAAAUGGUGCUGUGCAGACUUGUAGUGAAGGGGAACCUUCUUUCCGCCGCAUGGACAUGUUUGUCAAUUUCACAGACCCCUUAAUAGCAGAUAAAUACGAUGCCACCACAUGCACGUGGGCUUUUGGGAUGAACAUAUUUGAUCUUCGGGAAUGGAGACGGCGAAAUUUAACUGAGGUCUAUCUGAAGUACCUUCAUUUGGGCAAUAAGAGGCCAAUCUUGACCGAAGGAAGCUUGCCCAUUGGUUGGCUCACAUUCUACAAACACACGCUUGCUUUAGAAAACCAGUGGCAAGUCUUAGGGUUGGGGCACGACUCCAGUGUGAGGCAGAACAAUAUAGAUCGAGCAUUUGUUUUGCAUUUUGAUGGGAUUCAUAAACCAUGGUUAGAUAUUGGGUUCGAGAGAUACAAGCAGUACUGGAGAAAACAUGUCAAAUACGAUCAUCCAUACCUGCAACAAUGCAACGUUCAUGAGUAG